AUGUCUUCCCAACCAAAGAUAACACUGCAUACGUACUUCCGCUCAUCAUGCAGCGCCCGAGUCCGUAUGGCCCUCCAUCUGAAGGGUCUCACAUUCACACCAGUCUACAUCCAUCUUCUCAAAGAUGAUCAAUUCUCCCAAUCCUACGUCGCUCUGAACCCUUCCAAAGCGGUCCCUACGAUCACAUUUUCGCCAAAUGAAAACGACACAGAAUCAGAACCCGUCGCCUUCGUUUUGACCCAAUCGGUGGCAAUCUUGGAGUAUUUAGACGAGAGGUUCCCAGCACCGGAGUAUCCUGCACUUCUCCCCAAGAAUCUCGAAGACAGAGCUCGGGUACGACAGUUGUCUCACAUUGUCGCCUGUGACAUACAACCCCUGACGAAUCUAAAGAUGUUGAAAGAAAUCAAGAAGUUCGCCGGAGAGGCCGGGAAGAAUCCUGACACUGCGGGUCCGGAAUGGCAGAGGAGGAAUCUGGCGGAAGGUUUGAGGGCAUUCGAAGCCGUGGCUAGUAAGACGGCAGGGAAAUACUGUGUGGGGGAUACUGUCACUAUGGCGGACUUUUGUUUGAUACCGACGAUUGAUUCGGCCGUGAGGUUUGGAGUUGACAUGGGUGAAUUCGAGACCAUUGGGAGAAUAUGGCGGGCUCUGGAGGAGGUGGAGGCGGUUCAGAAGGGGGGGUGGAGAACCCAAGGGGACACACCUGAAGAGUUCAGAUGCUAG